AUGCCACCAUCACUGUUUUAUACAGGUUGUAAAGAAGAUUACUUAACUUGUUCAUUCUAUACUAUCUUUUUGCAGAUGAUGUAUGUAAAAAAGGUGGGCAAACAUAAGGAACCAGUUCAAAAACAUAGAAACAAACGUAAAACCAAGAGUAGACAGGGUGCUGUGGCUAUAAAAAAAUAUAAAUAUGAAGAGAGCUUGAAUGUUUUACUGCCUCAUAUACAGGAUCGAAAUACAAUAACAAGUAUCGAGUCUGAGAACGAAGAGACGCAAAACGAAACGGUUACUUCGCCAGUUACUACGCCUACCGAAACAAUUAACUCCGAUGAACAGCAGCAGCAGGAAGAUCGCUCACCAGCUAUUAGUGAAACAAAUUUUACGCCACCUGCUGAUCCGAAUCCAUAUCCCCUGUCAACUACACAAUUCACUCGUUCCGGCAACAGCAAUCGCAAUGCAACCGUUGCAACUACACACAAUCGCCGUCGUAUAGUGCCACAAUCCCAGUCCUCUGCGUCAAGCGCAUUAAUGGAAUACAUUCUAAAAAAUAAAGAAAAGUCCAACACACAAGACAUUCAUCCUAUUGAUGCAUUCUUCAACGGUUUGGCAGCCACCAUAAAAUCUUUUCCCCUUACUAUCAGCAUCUUGCAAAAGGAAGAAUAUUUGCAGUAG